AUGAUGCUCAAUCCGAUAGAAGUCGUUUGUGUUUACGCGAUCCAGCCGAUAAUCGACUACCUCGGUUAUCUGAAGAAUGAGGUACACUUUGUCGUUUUUCUGGUUGCCACGGCACUAAUAGGCAUAGUACUGGGCCUCUUUCUUGGCAUUUUAACUAUUAUAUGGUACAAACUAACACGAUCUGCAGACGAAGCUAAGAAGGCUGCACUCUCGGCUGAGAAAGAGCAUUCAGAUCGUGUUGAGGAUGUUAUUGAGGAUUUAAUGAAAGAGAAGAAGGACUGAUGCACCUUUAAACUAUUUCAUUAAGAACCACAUGGAUGGCAAAUAAAAUUCAAGAAAACAGACAGAUAGACCGAUCAGCCUUUAGCCCGAAGGAUGAUCAACAUACUAUAUAGUUCUAACCUAGCCCUGAUAUAAUAAAUAUUCAACAUGCAAACUCUUUUCAACUGUAAUAAAGCAAUGUGGCAGUGUGGAAUAUAAAAGUA